UUUAGGGCUCCCCUCCCCCACGUGCACGCGUUUUCAGGGUCGAGUCCUUCGCUUAACUUUGCAGCAGUUGUUUAGUCAGUGCGAUAUGUCCAGAUAUGUCUACCACGAUAGAGACAGUCACCAUCACGAGACCCCUGAAACUCAUCGCUCUACUAUGUGGUACAUUUGUGAUUAUAUUGCUGGUCUUGGCUUUGUGUUCGACGGAGUGGUUAAUAGCAGCUGGUUGGAGGCAAGGGCUUUUUUUGCAUUGCAUCGAGGAAGGCGCACCGCAACCCCUGCCGUUCAACAUGAAGAAACCCGCCGGGUGUUACCAGACAGAGGACCGCGCUUACCUCCAGGCCACAUCGACGCUGUUCAUCCUCGCCUUCCUCUCAGACGUGUUCGGGGUCGUGUCAACCGCUGUGGGUCUUAAGAUGCGGCUCCAGCAGAACAAGAAUCAAUGGUACAAAUUGGCCGUGGUAUCGUUGACCAUCGCGUUGGGUCUCCUCCUCGUAGCUCUGAUCGUGUACCCAACUUGUUUCGCGGCAGAGCUGAGCACGAGCAAUCGGACCGUGUGGAAGUUCGGAUGGGCUUACGGCGUGGGCUGGGGUUCUGUUAUCUUCCUCUUCGGAGCCAUCACCUUGCUCAUGUUGGACAAGGAAAGCGAGCAAAUCUACUACAGGGAAAGGGAGAUUGUCCAGUACAAUACAGCCCAAGUUUAAGUCAAGCAAAAGGAUAAAUGCAAUCCUAGACUCUGUACAUAG